AGCUCACAGCGGAGGUAGGGGCAUAUUAAACCUUUUGGCAUUGGAGUACCAUAUUCUCAAACACCUGGAUACAAUAUGGGGACAACUACCUGUCUGCUCAUGACACUGUGUCUGGGAAUUGUCAGUGUGUCCUGUGAAGGGUUACUGCAUCGGCAGAAAAGAAUCUGGAUCAUAGAAAGUUUUAAGGUUGAGGAGGGGUGGCACGGACCUUAUCCUUACAUGCUGGGUAAAAUUGAGACUGAAAAAGAGUUCCAGGUAGGUUUCCAUUUGCGUGGUCAAGGAGUUGAUUUGGAACCCAAGGACAAACUGUUCAUUGAAACAACAACCGGGGAAGUGUUUGUUAAUGGAGAAUUAGACUACGAGUUUUGUAGUGUACUCAAGUUGACAUUUGAGGCCAAAGAUAAGUUUGAUAAAACAUUGAACUCACGACUUGGUGUUGAGGUGGAGAUUCUAGACAUCAAUGACAACCCACCUGUUUUCCAGCCCAGCAAACACACUGUCAACCUGAAAGAAAAUGUCUCACAAGGAGAAGUUCUGACAGUUGUAAGAGCAACAGAUGAAGAUAGAAAAGACACAAACAAUGGCACCUUUGAUCUGAAGAUUGUCUCCAUCAACCCAAAACCCCCAGAGGACCUGGAGUUUUUCCUUGAGCAACAAGAUACAACAGGAACAAUUAAAUUCAAAGGGUGUUUGGACCAUCCGAAAUCAGAUACAUACACCAUCCUGGUGGAGGCUAAAGACCGUGGAGAGAUGGUUCAGCUUUCCAGCACCUGCACAGUCAUCAUCAAUAUAGAGGACGGAAACAACCAUCCGCCUACCUUCACUGGACAAACGGGUGUAGGAAGCAUCAAGGAGAGAGACAGUGGUGUGGAAGUACUUCGGCUUCAGGUUUCAGACCAAGAUACCAAGGGUACUCAAGCAUGGAAGGCCAGGUAUACAAUCCAUGGAGACAAGGACCAGAACUUCAGAAUCACCACUGACCCGAAAACAAAUGAAGGGGUGUUGUUGGUAGAAAAGCCUCUGGACUAUGAGGAGGGCUCUGUGAGAAACGUGUCAGUUAGUGUUGAGAAUGAGGAACCAUACUUCUCCUGUAAGGUCAAUAGACGUCCUCCCAAAGGCUUGUGGGAUGUGGAAACUUCAAUAGGGCAUCCACCACUGUUCCGCCAGGUGACCAUUAGGGUGGAGGACGUCAACGACCCGCCAAUCUUCACCCCAGCUGUUAAAAAUGUGUCAGUGGAUGAGAACGUGGCAGUGGGCUGGUACCUGGAGACAUUAACAGCCAAAGACUUGGACCGGAGCUAUGCCAACACCUUCUUGUACAUGAAAGGAAAUGACCCAGCCCAAUGGGUGGCAGUAGACGCAAAGACUGGUAAAAUAACCACUACUAAAAUCUUAGAUCGAGAGUCUCCUUACGUGAAGAAUGAUGUCUAUCAAGUGACAGUGUUUGCCGUUGAUGAUGGCAAGCCGCCCAUGACUGGAACCGGAACGCUCAACAUCCACCUAAAGGACCGGAACGACAACCUUCCACAGUUGGAGAUGACCACUAUGGGCAUGUGUCUGUCAGAUGAACCCUCAAAGGUCAACAUCACAGCCUACGACCUGGAUAAAGAUCCCUACAGUGGACCCUUCAGAUUUCAGCUCCUGGGGGAUGAUGUCAAGGGCAAGUGGAGUAUUAACCCCAACCAUGGCUACACAGUGACCCUGGUGAAAGAGAACACAGUGUAUGCAGGUCACCAUCAGUUGGUGCUAGAGGUGUUUGACCAGCAGGAUCAGGGUGUGCGCCACAACCUGACAAUCACUGUGUGUGCAUGCGUUGGCACGUAUCAAUGCAGUAUGCAAAGGUCCAGUGGAGCCAACAUUGGAGUGAGCGCUGUAGUGAUUUUCAUGGCUGCCAUUCUGCUAUUACUAGGUAUUCUACUGUUGGCCUUCCUGAUGACCUGUAAGAGCAAACUAAUGCCGAUCCCAAUAAAUGAAGACUCUGCUGAACAUCUCAUCAAAUUUAACAUUGAGGCUCCAGGAACUGAUUGCAUGGUGCCUACUACUAUCACACAAGUGGACAACAAAGUGGACACCAAAGUUACUUAUGAACAUAACCAAACGUCAUCGGCUUUUCCACCAUCUUGGCAAGUACCAUCAGAGUAUGAUGUCAACAGAAAUACACGGCAUUCCUCAUUUCAACGAGGAACAUGUCUGCGACAGAAGAUGCACUCGAUGCAGGUUCCAGGAGAAGAGCUAGGAGACUAUGCCCCCCACCCUUAUGCUGAAGAAGGGGACCUAGAAACAGACCACCAACUUGACGCAAUCUCCAUCCCUGACACCCCCUUCGACCAGGACACACUCCUCUACUUGGGCCCCAGGUUCAACAACCUGGCCUCUAUCUGCAAAAUUCCGGACCUCAGCACAUUCUGAGCCCACUUCAUUCUCCCCAGGCCAAGAAGCUCUGCUAGGACUGGCUAGUUGGCACCUGUAUAACAGGUUAAGUGACUGGCCAAUUUCAUGGGUGAUCAACUGAAAUAAUUUGUCUCCCAUCUGAUGACUGUGGUAUCUGUCUGUAGCUCUUGUUCUCCCGAACAACUAAUAUCUGGAUGCCACGAGGCAGUCGCCACCCCGAUGCUGGUGAAGGCCAGCCACACAACUCACUAUAGCAUAUCAUCUAAGGUGAGGAUAUCAUCUUAAAUGACUUUAACGGUCAUACUGAAAUAAUACUCAUGUCUGUUUGUCCCUCAUUACAUUGGGCUGUACCUGACAAAAAUGUUUGGGGUCUACGGGAUUCGGCUGAUAUCACUGAAUAAUCGAAAUGUGAAACUUUUUUUUUCUCACACUGUUAAAUUUUAAAACCUGUGACUGACUUUUAUCACAAAAAUGCAUUUGGCAUCUAACACACUGAAUUGGAAUUCCCCAAUUUUGUAUUUUCAUUGUGACAGAACAUUUGUUUGAAGGGAUUUUUGGCAGUAUUUUACUAUGACAUUUAGGGUUCUACAGGCAUUUCUGUAAUAAAUAUCAUGGUGUUUUGUUUCUGAAAUCACCACACUCUCAGCUAAAAUUAAGAAUACAUCACAACAGACUCCUGAGACACUUAUGACAUUAUAUGUGUUGAAAAGGCAAAACAAAAUGUAAUAUGCAAUUUUUUGUGAUAAAAAUAAUGGUAAACCAUAAUGAAGUUACAGUGUGUUUCAAUUACAUAUUUUAGUUCCCCCAUGCCUUUACUCACCAUAACAGUGUUUUGGGGUCAAACUAAUCAAUACAAAUAAUACAACAAUGUAAAUUUUUUGGGAUGCUAGAAAAAGGUUAUUUACCCUAACACUGAAAUCAAACAAUAUUUCCAAACUUGAUAGCUGCAGUGUUGUAUUAACACCAAAGAGCCAACAGAGGGCAGUAAGGGAUGUUGUACAUACAUCUUGUUAUCAGAACAGUAAGCUACUAACUACUUUCCAAUAACCAUGAAUAUUCCUGUAUUGGGGUUUGCAGAAAAAACACUUCUCAUCUCAAAAACUACAUCUCAUCUCAUCAUCUCAUCUUCAUCCGCUUAUCCGGUAUCGGGUCGCGGGGGCAGCAGCUCCAGCAGGGGACCCCAA